AGUCGAGGAAUUCCGAUUGAUUGUCAAUAUGGCGAAGUAAAUAUGGAGCAAAGUUCGUGUUGUUAGUCACUUCAUACGAAUCUAAUUGUAGCACCGGUUCACUUCCUCUCCUGUUCGAACUCUUGACAGUACUUAGAGUGGUACCUUGUUCUUUUGUAAACGAUCAACACACGAUCUACUCCAACACACUUGAACGUUUAUAUCUGUUUGUUCUUGUGAAAGUGACAAAAAUCUGAAAAUUUUCCGGUGGCAAUGACAGAGUUAAUGGAAAGAUGAGUGAUGAUCAACCGACGAUAUGUACUUAAUAGUUCCUUUAGUUAAUGGCUGUAAAUAGAAGAGUUUGGUAGAUUUACAAUUUUGCAAACUUUGCAACGUUGGAGAAGCAAACAGUAUCAUGGCAGAAUAUAUGGCAGAUAUCACUGAGAGAGAAGCCUUGUUGUCAUGCUCUGUAAAUGGAGAUGAAAGUAAACACAAAUAUGUACCAAGACGGCAGAUUCCAGUAGACAGAUGUUUUGCUGUCUAUUUCAUCUUCUUGUUCUUGGGGAUAGCAUCUUUGCUGCCAUGGAAUUUUUUCAUCACUGCAAAAACGUACUUCCAAUACAAGUUGAGGAACACCACAGCAGCAGACGUGAGUUACAACAACCCGGCCAGCAUGACAGAGUUGCAGCUGCUUCUACUCAGCUACCUUGAGAUAGCCUCCACCGUCUCCAACUUUAUCUGCCUGUGUUUUACAGCCAUGUUUGUGAGAUUUAUAUCCUUGAAGAAGAGAGUGGUACUGUCCCUGUCUGUGAUCAUCGUUUUGUUUGCUGCUACCACAGUCCUGGUCGACGUCAACAGCGAUGAAUGGCAGACGGCUUUCUUUGGAGUGACAAUAGCCUCAGCAGCUGCCAUAAAUGGUGCAACAGCUGUGAUGACAGGGUCAGUGUUUGGGCUCGUGUGCCGAUUUCCCCCGAUGUACACUCAGUCAGUCAUGACUGGACAGGCUGUUGGAGGUACGUUUGCUGCACUGGCCAGCAUCUUCUCACUCCUAGGGUCGGGAACUGUGUCACAGAGUGCAUUUGGCUACUUCAUGACAGCCACCGCAGUCUGUGCCAUUGCCAUGGUGGCGUAUGCUCUCCUGUAUUACUUAGAUUUUUCAAAAUAUUACAUAACAGAAACAGAUGACAAUCACCUGAAUGCCCAUCACAAUGAGGGAACUAUGUCUACGGAACAUCUGGGACAUAUAGAAUUUUAUACCACCAUUAUUAAAAAGAUUUGGCGUCAAGGCAUUGGCGUAUGUGUGGUGUUUACAGUAACACUGUCAGUGUUUCCAGCUGUUUGUUCAACGAUACGGUCAGCAAACUAUCAACAAGGGGAUCCCUGGUCAGAUAAAUACUUCAUUCCGGUGAUUUGCUAUCUCUUUUUCAACCUUGGUGACUGGAUUGGUCGGCCAAUCUCAGGAUGGAUACAAAAGCCAAGCUACCGGCAUCAGAAUGUGCUGCUGAUGCUGUGUGUGUUUCGGGUCAUCCUGGUGCCCCUGUUGAUGUUUUGUGAUGCUCGACCACGAAGCCUUCCAGUGUGGUUCCACAAUGAUGCAUUCCCUAUUGCCUUGAUAAUCAUACUUGGUCUCACCAAUGGCUACUUCGGAACACUCAACAUGAUGUAUGCUCCACAGCGUGUGCCACUGGGGCAAGCCGAGGGAGCAGGAGUGUUGAUGUCACUGAUGCUGACUCUAGGAUUAGCACUUGGAUCCGGAUUAUCUGUCUUACUCAUUAAGUUAUUGUGAUCAGACACUAUACUCAGGCUUGCAGUCUCAGUGUUUAAUCUCUUUGGAGAAUAUGCUACUAAAACACAGGAGUAACUUAGCAUGGUCCUGUGUCUCACUUGUCAGUAUUGAGAAGCACAUGACUCAGGAUCAUGGUCCUGUUUCUCACUUGUCAGUAUUGAGAAGCACAUGACUCAGGAUCAUGUUCCUGUUUCUCACUUGUCAGUAUUGAGAAGCACAUGACUCAGGAUCAUGUUCCUGUUUCUCACUUGUCAGUAUUGAGAAGCACAUGACUCAGGAUCAUGUUCCUGUUUCUCACUUGUCAGUAUUGAGAAGCACAUGACUCAGGAUCAGAUUGCUUUUAUCAGCAUGGGUGAUGACUUUCUUCAGGCUUUCUUCAGAACUUUUUUAUUCACUUUGCAGUGUAUAAGUGUUGGUUAUACUCAGUGGCGCUGUGGAGAUUUGUUGUUGAGUAGCUGUAUGCGCCCCAACUGUUCCAAACAGAUUUCAUUUAAAUAUGAAGAAUAUUUUAUUUUGUAUAUUUGUUAUUAUGUACAUAUGGUCAUUUUAUCAAUUUUGUGCAAUGAGUUUUUCAUGGAAGAAAUAUAUUGGCUUCAUGUACACCAUUAUAAGCCCAUUGUGUGGUUUUCUGACAAGCCAUUUGUUCUGUUGACAUGAUUUUCACUCUCCUUCAUCAUCUUUCAUUUGUGUGACUGUUCAACCUCAGAGUUACUUAGUACUUGACAUACAAAGUUAACAACGUUGCAACUUUGUAUGUCAAGUACUAAGUAACUCUGAGGUUGGGAGGGGCGGUGGGGUAGCCUAGCGGUUAAAGCGUUGGCUCGUCACGCCGAAGACCCGGGUUCGAAUCCCCACAUUGGUACAAUGUGUGAAGCCCAUUUCUGGUGUCCCCCGCCGUGAUGUUGCUGGAAUAUUGCUAAAAGCGGCGUAAAACCAAACUCAGUCAGUAACAACGUUGCCCACACAAGAACUACAUACAUCUCUUGUAAUAUAAAGCCAUGACAUGUCACCAUGAGAUAUACAGGUGGAUUUUCUCUUCAUUACCUUGCUCAGUUUCUACUUACAAGUGACUGAUCAGUUUAUAGGUAGCUGUAAUAUUCUAUAGUAAGCAUCAUCAAGUCCAUUGGUCAUUAUGGAAAAUAUAUUAGGCUCAAAUUUGAAUGAUAUCAUUCCUUGAUGUCAAGAAUCCAGUACUGGUGUUUUUUAACCAGGUAAAUAAAAUGCAAGUUGAAGGUGGCAUGAAAAUGAUUGACAUCUGUCAUCAUUAUGUUGGCACUUGUUGACACAAAGGAAGAGAUAACCCGUGUUUAAGGUCAAACGUGAAAGUUUAUUGUCACAGUUCUGUGAUACAUGUUGCCAGUGAGUUUGGGAGCACAAGAAUCAAAUACUACAGGCACAGAUCUCAUGGACACUGGACUCCUCUAUUUCAAACACUGUUGGCUAGUUUGUAUUUGUCAUAAUGAUAUAUUAAUGAAAUUUGCCUUUUGUCCAUGCAGAUUAUGUCCAAUGAUUGCUAUUUCUCAUAGUCAAUAAGCCCAUGGGAGAACAGUGUGAAAAAGAG